AUGUCGCAACCAGUGCUUCCGAACACAUCAAACUUCCUCGCUGUCGCACUCGUCAUCAAGAGGUCUCGCGAUGGGCCCAACUUUGUCUUCCACUAUCCUCCACACGUCGCUCCGCCCCAGACUCAUCAGCCUCACCAUGAGUUGGUCUCAGACUCUCGCGAUAGCGAUGACAUUCUCCUCGAGCGUCUGAACAAUACCGGGUCAAGGGACGCGCCUGUUGAUCCCACCUCCAAGACGGACCAUCUUUCACACCAGAAUUGGGAUGAUCACCAGUUCACCGAAAGUGGCACUCAGCUGGUUCCCUGGGAGCGCGUCGCUGGCUUCCCUACGCAGGACCUAGCCAGCGUCUUGACCCCAGCCAAGGCAUACCACAAGACGCUCUUCCAACUCUCACUGGACCCGUUGUACUGUGUUUCGUACCCCAUCCACGUCCCCGAGAAUGGCGUCUGGAAGAAGAAGAAGAAACAACAAAAGACGGAAAAAGCCAAGUCCACCAAGACAGAUGACACCUACAUAGUGCCGUCUGAAAAUGAUGUCUCGAGACAGAGCGGCGGGGAUACGCCAACGGUUUCUGAUGCGGCCCAGUCAGACCAGAAGGACAAGGAGAAGGGAAAGGAAGACGAGGCAGAGGACAAGCGGGCCUCGAUGACCAUGUUCAAUCUCGUCUUCAUCAUCCACCCGAAAAAGCACGAAGUCAAAGAACUCGUUGCUACUUUAUACUACAACAUCAUCAAAAAGGUCAACAAGGCCUACAAGUAUAGUCAGCAGCACAGCGACUUUGUUUGGAAGGAGUCAAAACGUAUCAUUGCCCUCAAAGACAAGGCAAGAGAAGACAAACGGAAAAUGAGCUCUCUAUGGGCAGAGAUUCUAAUGUCGUCUUCACUGGCUGCUUCGGUACAGGAUAUCUACGAAGCUGUAUCACAGAACAAGAUUGCCGCCCUGCAAUUAGAUACAGUGGCGGGGCCUUUGACGCCGUCUGUGCAGAUUCCGGUACCGUUUUACGUCGCAGAUCUCCCACAAGAUGGCGAGGAGGGCCAACGCGGUCUCUGGCUCACGACGGCAAACUCGUUCACGGGAGAAGACACCAUAGACGAGCCAGGCUUCCUGGAUCGUAGCUUCGGACUGCUUCUUAUGGAGGACGAGCGGAAAAUCAUUGCUGAACUUCAAGCUGAUCCAGAUCCAACUACCGCUGCCAUGGUGGAAUUUGUCCGACUGUCCAAGCCAACGCAAUCGUUCUUCCAAAUCGGCCAGAGCAAUAUACUCUCACUCGGCCAAGUCCGCAAAUACGCCCAGCACUUUAUAUUCUGGCGCCGCGCCAUAGCAAUCCCGCCACUCCACGCCCGUGAUGUCUACAUUCUCUCGCCAAACAGUGACACGCGCAACCUGCCCCGCGCCAGCGUCGAAUGGGCAAAGGCCUUCCCCCUCGCUCCGCCGCUGACAAACUUUCUCGCGGAGCUGUCCUACGCCCCCCGCCCGUACAAAGCACUAUUGCCCGAGCAAAGCACACCGUCCAACCUACCUCCUCAUGCUCGGCUGGCUGAUGCGUGGAGGCUGGGUCACGCAGCUCUGCACCUUUGCCUACGUUGUCGUCUGGCCGGAGAUCCAGUACGAGGCACAGGCACCAGCACCGUCAACGGCACCCCCGCCGCCCCACCGCACGUGCCGACCAUGAACGAGCAGGUCGCCGAGCAGGCGCGUCUCUCGCGCAUCGCCGAGAAGACGCAGCGCGAGGCGGCCGAGAAGGCAGCGGCGCACGCCCGCAAGGUCGUCCCGGCGGCGACGGAGCGCCCGUCCCUCAACGAGGCGGCGCACCUCGCCGGCCUGACGCCGCGCGUCAUACUCGACGCCAAAAAGGCCACGGGCAAGGACUCGCUGUACCUGUCGGCCAUUGGGCGCCGCUUCCGCGAUGACAAGCUCGCAAGGCGUGGCAGCUGUACUGGAAGUACUUCAACGGGCAGUCGGCGCUCGAGCGCAUUGCGCUGCAGGAGGACAUGA